GACAGGAGCGACACAUAGCCUAGAAUAGAGACAGGUUAAGAGACACGUUUCAGCCCCGGUGUAGUGUCGGGUUCUGCUUCCUCGUCAAUACGUGUUUCCCUUUACCUUAACCUGAGCCUGAGCCUAACCUUACGUCUAACCCCGACCAGUCGUCUUCCCGGAUGCCUUCUCUGACCCCAACCAGUCAUUUCUACCUCGCCUUAUCGUGACCUAACCUCAACCACGAACCCACGGGAGACGCCAUCUGAAAGGGGGACAGACUUCUCCACGACGAUCCUGUGGUCUGUUUGUGUGUGUCGCACGGUGAUGACGCAGGGCUAGCAGCAGCGUUAGCUGUUUUUCGCAUCUUAGUUUUAACAGCAGACUGAUUUCACAACUUAAAUAAGGAGAUGUCAUCCUUGUGCGGCACCAGCAACGACUUCCAAGAUGCAGGUCGAGAGGUCACAGAGAGACAGGAGAAGGAGCAUCCCCGAGUACUCAUCCCUGAGUUAUGUCGACUUUUCUAUCAGCUGGGAUGGGUGACAGGGACGGGCGGCGGGAUCAGUCUGAGACGAGGAGAGCAAAUCUACAUCGCACCAUCAGGCGUCCAGAAGGAGAGAAUACAGCCAGAAGACAUGUUUGUCUGUGAUGUGGAGGAGAGGGACAUCAGCUGUCCACCUGCCUGGAAGAACUUAAAGAAGAGCCAGUGUACACCGCUUUUUAUGAAUGCCUACACUAUGAGAGGGGCACAGGCUGUUAUACACACCCACUCCAAGGCUGCUGUCAUGGCAACACUGCUGUAUCCUGGCAAAGAGUUCAGGAUAACACACCAGGAGAUGAUCAAGGGGAUUCGUAAGGGCACCUCAGGCACCAACUAUCGGUAUGAUGAAAGUCUGGUUGUGCCCAUUAUUGAAAAUACACCCGAGGAGAAGGAUUUAAAGGACCGGAUGGCUCGGGCAAUGGAUGAAUAUCCAGAUUCGUGUGCAGUCCUAGUCCGUCGACAUGGCGUCUAUGUCUGGGGCGAGUCAUGGGAAAAAGCCAAGACCAUGUGCGAAUGCUACGACUACUUGUUUGACAUCGCUGUCCAGAUGAAGCAGUGUGGACUGGACCCUUCAGCCCUCCCAGUGGAACAAGAAGGAAUAGUUUGACAUUUGCUUGUGCUUUUUAAAGAGACAUUUGUUGCAGAAAGGUCAGUGGAGUUCAGUCAGGAGAGCAGAUUGUAAUCAUUUGCCUUUCACGCUGGCCUGCUUCAAAUUUAAUGAAAUUUGAUGGUAAGGGCAGAUUCAGGAUUGAAGGAGAUUGAAUGCCUGUGAUCCGGAAGCACCUGGCAGUACGCUGCAAAGCACUGUGGGACAGCUCACAAUUGAGCAGCUGUCAAAUCAGCGUCCUCAGGUUCAAAUGCUUUCCUAUUGAAGUUUGACGGCACUGGGAGCAAGGUAUUGGAACACGUCAGGCAUGAACAUAGUGGGUAUUUCAAUUGAUCUAUAUGGUGAUUCUCUGCCUCUGCUUUAAUCAAUAAAAACUGAUGGAAUGUAAA